AUGGAGAAGAGGAAGAGUGGCCAAAUAACACCUCAGGAGCCACCUAGACCAAAGAGGGUAAGAGAGGACAAACCACAGGAAACCAGUGGAAGGCGCUCCAACCCCAACCAGCAGCCAACCGCAAGCCGCAAAUACGCAGAGGCUGUAAGCAGCAUUCGGAAGGCUGUGUUGCCCCGCAACUACCCGGCGGAGGCCCUGAGAUCGGAACAACUGACGGCUCUCCAGGACCUCAUAGUGCAUGCCCUGUCUGUCGGCAUAGGCUUCACCGGCGCCUUUAACGGCAUAUUUUUCAAGGGCGGCAUGCUGCUGGUUGACUGCCAAAAUGAAAAUUCGGCCACCUGGCUACAAGGGAUCAUACCAAGGCUAGAAGGUUGGAUGGGUCCGGCCCUGUGUGUAAGUAGGGGUGACGAGAUUCCACAGCUACACAGGAUGGUGGCGUUCUUCCCUAGAAGCGCAGACAAAGGUUACGACAUCGCGCUCAAUCUGGUAAGGAACCAGAAUGAAGGUUUAAGUACCUCGGCGUGGAAGGUCGUAGAGAGCAAAGUUGAGGGUUCUGGGUGGAACCUCAACAUAACGAUGGACGAUGAGUCAUAUAAGUACACCCGGCAGAAGGGAUUCAGGUUGAAUUUCCGCUUCGGCAAGAUCGUCGUGAGGCCAUGGAGGCCCAAGACCACGUCUACGAGCCAAGAACCUUCGACGGAGAUGACCGCAGCACCAGCUCCACCCGUAACUCGCCCAGCAGCGCAUGAAGCGACUGCCGCUGUGGUUUCGUGA